UCAGAAACCAUGUUGUUCUGGUUAAUAACGGUCUUCCUAACGUCAGUGUUAGCUUUAGAUAAUGUCUUCCAUAACUGCAGCAUGGAAGCAUUCUGCGCGACUUUCAGAAGCCAAGUUUUGGACGAAAACACACUGUUUGUGGCUAAUGUGGAAAAUGCUACAAUAGUUUCCAAUACGGUUCAGGUACCGUUAACCAACGGUAACGGUGAAGAACUAACUCUGGAACUAUCGAUAUUAUUUGAGACUAAAAUGAGGAUUAAGGUAUUGGAAAAGGUUCAACGUCGGUUCAUCAUUAGAUAUGGCAUCGUUAUUAGCAAAAUUGACUAUCGUCCAACAAUAGAAAUAUCAGAUGACACAGUGACUAUAACUGCAGCCCGGGCGGUAGAUGAAAAAAUCGUGGUAAGAAAAGGCCCACCGUUUACUGUGGAAUGUUACCACCAAGAUCAACUGGAGAUAGUUCUAAAUGGGGAUCGUCUAGUUAUGAAAAAUACUGAGAUAAUAGAAGAACAAGCGUUCAGCUUUACAGUAGAAUUUGAGGGAGCUAAAAAUCUGUAUGGUUUAGCCCAACACUCUUUCCAACUGGCCUUGAAAGAAACAGCUGACGGUUCAUCGGAACCUUUUCGAAUGAAAAACCUCGAUAUUGGGGAAUACGAUGAGGAUUCUCCCUUGGCUUUGUACGGAUCCAUACCAGUUGUCUAUGGACACUCGGCUGAUUUCACUUCGGGCGUAUUUUUACACAAUGCAGCGCAGAUGUUUGUGGAUAUCAGCUACACCGGCGACAGACCUUCGGCUUAUUUUAUGGUGGAAUGUGGACAUUUUGACCUCAUUUUGUUCCUGGGUCCCACGCCUAGGGACGUAGUUAGACAGUACACCUCCAUGAUGGGCAUUACCCGCAUGCCACAAUUGUGGGUUUUUGGUUACCACCAAAACCGUCAUACUUACUGGACCCAAGAAGAAGUAAAGGACGUGGUAGCGAAAAUGGACCAGGCUGAUUUUCCGCUGGAUAUAAUUUACCUUGAUUAUGGCUACACCAAUAAUAACAGGUAUUUCGAGUGGAAUCCCGAAAACUUUUCGGAUCCCUUGGAAAUGCAACAAAACAUAUCAGCUACAGGGCGUCGCAUCAUCACCGUUUCAAAUACUCAUGUACCGGUCGAUCUAGACUACUAUAUAUACGUUGCCGCUAAACAAUUGGAUUAUUACGUUAAAACUCCCGAUGGAAGCGAUUUCAAAGAUCUCACCAAAGCUGGAGAAUCGGUUUGGAUCGACUUCCUGACCCCAGACGCUCAUACCUGGUACGCAUUCCUUUUUGAUUUUAGUAAGUUUUCGGGAACUUCCGAAACUAUAGCAGGAUUCUGUCAUGAUUCCAACCAACCGUCCUUUCUGAACGAUACCACCGAAAGGACAUUUCCACCGGAAACUUUACAUUACGACCAAAUCCAGGACAGGGAAGUUCACAACUUCUACCCAUUAAUGCACGUGAGAGCCGCAGACGCAGGACUAUCCUUGAGGGACCAGUACAAGAAAAGGGUGUUCAUUCUUAGUCGCGCCCAUUUCGCAGGAUCUCAUCAAUAUGCUGCUGUGUGGACUGGAGAUAAUACCGCAAGCUGGCCUCAUCUUCGAAGUAGUAUAUAUGAAUGUCUUACGUACAAUUUAGUGGCAACAGUGCAAUGUGGAGCAAACGUUGGAGGAUUCUAUGGUGAUCCAACAGAAGAGCUUUUGCAGAGGUGGUACCAGGUGGGUAUUUGGAUACCAUAUUUCAGGGCUCAUUCUAGUGAAGAUUCGGCUCCACGAGAGCCGUAUCUGUUCUCUGAAGAGGUACAAUCAGUGAUCAGACUUGCCAUCAAGACCCGUUACAAGCACAUACCCUACUGGUACAGGCUCAUGUUCGACCAUACCGAAAGUGGAGACCCUCUGAUCAGGCCGCUCUUCUACAGCUACCCCGAAUAUAUCGAUUAUGACGAUCACUUCUUGAUUGGAGAGGAAAUUCUUUCGAGGCCAGUGUUGGAGGCUGGUGUGAGUGAGGUGCAAGUCACUUUUCCUGGAAACGAUAUUUGGUACAGGGUUGACGAUGAUUCAUGGGCAGUUUAUGAAGGUGGCACAAAUCAAAGCCUAGCCGUAAAUAUUACUACGUCACCGUACUUCUAUCGAGGAGGCAGUAUAAUUCCAAGGAUGGACAUUGAAAGACCGUCUACUACACAGAUGAUGACUGAUCCAUUUCAACUAUACGUCACUUUGGAUGAUGAUGAAAACGCAGAGGGUUUGCUAUAUUUUGACGACUUUACCAGUUUGCAAUAUCGUACAAAAUUAUAUUAUUUCUACUUUAGACUUAUAUACGAUUCUGGAACUAAUGGCAUAUGGUUUCAACAAGUAUCGGGCAAUGCUGAUGGUUUUAAUCCUCGUAUUCAAAGAAUCGUGGUACAUCGUCGAGAAGCAAAGAAGGAAACUAUAACGGAAUCAUAUACAACCACGAAAGAUGGCACCCCCUUGGAAGAUAUAGACCUUGUGCAACAACAUCAGCUACUACGAGGAGAGGGUAGUGUUGUCAUUUAUCUGUAGAAACUUUUAGUUAAA